AUGUCUUCAAAACUCGAUGUCGGAUUACUAUUCCUUUUCCUCAUCGCCAUCAUCUCUUCCCACGCGUUGUCGUCUCUCGCGAUCCGCGUGAUAUCAAAAGAUUACCGUCAACUGGCACCGACCGCUAUCCACCUCACAAACGAAACCUUCGAGGAAGAAUUUUCGAAUCUCUCGCCGCAGAGUUUCUGCGUUCUAGAAUUUUACGCGCACUGGUGUCCAGCCUGUCGAGCGUUUGCGCCGCAGUACGAACUCGUGGCGAAAUAUUUCAACGUCGCACCUCGACCGGAACCGAAAGUUACCGCGUUUGCGGUGGAUUGCGCGGAAGAGCAACAGUUAUGCGCGAGAUGGAAGAUUAAUGGGUACCCGGCGGUGUUUUUCGGAACGGCGAUUGAAUUCGCCGGGGAACGCGCGAACGACGUGAAAGAGAUUAAAUGGAAAGAAAAGGAGAAACGGACAAAGACGGGAGCAAAACAGAUCGUAGAGUUUGUCGGAGGGUUAGUGAUACCGAGCACGGAGUAUGAUUUUAGUGACGAGGAGUUGGAUGCGACGUCGAAGAAGGACGGCGGCGGCGCGGCGACGACGACGAAAGAGAAUGAAAAUUUAGCGCGGUUGGCAUUUCAAAACGACCAGAAGAAAGGGCUUGAUUAUAAAACCGUGAGAACUAUGGCGAGUAAAGACGAUUUAGAACGCGCGACGGUGGAGAUGUGGAAUCAGAUUGUGUACGAUGCAGAAAUCGCGAGUCGAGAAUUGAACGAGUUAUCGUUGAGUAGUUUGAAAAGUAGUACGAAUAGCGCUUCUUCGAUCGAAGCGAAUGCGCAAGGAGGAGACGUGACGCAUUCGACGCUGGCAGAUAAAGCGAGAGGUAAUGUAGAAACGAUUAAGAAUGCAAUCGGUUCACUCAUUCACGCGCUUUCGAAAACGCAUCCGAUCGCGGAAUGUCGAGCAUCCUUUAGGGGAUUGCUUCCAGGAGCCGACGGGACCGAAGGUGAAGAGGAAGAAAUAGAAGACGAGAGUAGCAGUAACCGUAGUAAUAGCGAUGCAGAAAGUAUCGAUGAAGAAGCGUUGGAAAGUGCGGACGAUCCGUUGCUCGCCAUGGCUUCAUCGUUUUCGUCGAAGAAAGGAGGAGGGAAAAGAAGGAAAACAAUCACCAUUCACCACCAUCUCUUCUGGGACGAGGAAACGAACGGCCUUUCCCAAUUUGCCGCCAAGACAUUCACUCCAUGUGGACGCGUCAAAGCGCCGGAAUGGAACGAUUGCAAGCCGUCCUCCCCGAAUUCGAGUUCACGGGGAUACACUUGUGGCGUCUGGAUGUUACUUCACGCCACCGCGCUUCGAUCGAAAGAGCUGGAUAAGCACCAGGGUGGUCAUGUCUGGUACGACGCGUUCGUAAACGGGUUCAUUCGAAAAUUUUUCAACUGUCUGGAAUGUCGCGAACAUUUUUUGAAAAUGGCGGAAGAAACGAAAGGAUUCGAAAUCGAGACUCCCGAAGAGAUUGCGUUUUGGAUUUGGAGAAGACACAACGAUGUCAACGAGCGAUUGGCCACGGAAGGGGAUCCGGCGGGCGAUCCCGAGUACCCCAAACAGCAAUGGCCAGAUGUACAAUCGUGCGCAAAGUGUCGACACACGGAUGGUUCUUGGAACGAUGAUAACGUGCUGAAGUUUUUGCAGGUUUAUUUUUUAGCAAACAACGAGCCGCGACCGCGUUCGACGCGAGCUAAAUUGGUCAAAGUGAAGACAUCGUCCGCGUCGACGACGACGAGUUUGUCGACCAAACGAAAUCGAAGAGGAGAAGGAGGAGGACAUAUCGUGGCGUUGAAUAUUCUCGCGAAAGUUUUUGUCGUCUUCGCUGCCUUAUCUUUCAUUUUCCUAUAUUUGCAUUCCAAAGACAAGCUCCCGCCUGUCUUUGAACGCUUCAAGCGAAAACACAUGAAACGCGUGUUCGACGAUUGGCCUUAG